CCUACCCACCCAACAGGCUCUGUCCCUGCAUCAGACGCUCAUCAGGCGACGCUCCCCAUCACACGUCUUCAACGUCCUCAACCCUCGUCCAAAAGAUGCCUCUCCAAUCCACGCUGUCCGGCCGGAGCUCCGGCUCCGGCCAGGCCGAGAACACGCAGUCGGACGGGAAGUCGUUUGAAGAGCUGAGGCGGGAAUGUCUCCAGAAGGGGGUCCUGUUUGAGGAUCCGGAUUUCCCCGCCACCGACUCCUCACUCUACUACAGCCAGAGCGUCCCGGUCCAGAUUGAGUGGAAGAGGCCCAAGGAGCUCUGCAGUAACCCUAAGUUCAUUGUAGGGGACGCGAACCGGACAGACAUCUGCCAGGGACAGCUAGGGGACUGUUGGCUCCUGGCAGCCAUCGCCUCCUUGACCCUGAAAAAAGAUGCCAUGGCCCGAGUUGUCCCCCACGACCAGGAAUUUGACCACAACUACGCCGGCAUCUUUCACUUCCAGUUCUGGCAACACAACAAGUGGUUGGAUGUGGUGGUGGACGACCGGCUGCCGUCGGUCAGGAAUAAGCUCAUCAUGCUUCACUCGGCCUCCAACAACGAGUUCUGGAGCGCCCUGAUGGAGAAAGCCUACGCCAAAAUUCACGGCAGCUACGAGGCCCUGAAGGGCGGCAGCACCAUGGAGGCCAUGGAGGAUUUCACCGGUGGCGUUGGGGAAAUAUAUGACACCAAGAAAGCUCCAGAGAACCUGUUCUCCAUCAUGAAGAAGGCCCUGGACCGAGGCUCCAUGAUGGGCUGCUCCAUCGAUAUCACCAGCUCUGCAGAGUCUGAAGCCAAGACGAGCACGGGGUUGGUGAAGGGACACGCGUACUCCAUCACAGGCCUGGAGGAGGUGAACUACCGCGGCCAGAAGGUCCAGUUGAUCCGGAUCAGAAACCCCUGGGGUCAGGUGGAGUGGAACGGCCCCUGGAGUGACAACGCCAGAGAGUGGAAUUACGUUGACCAAGCAGAAAAAACACGCAUCCUGCAGAAUUCGACAGACGACGGUGAAUUCUGGAUGGAAUUUGAAGACUUCAAGAAAAACUACGACAAGGUGGAGAUCUGCAACAACCCAGACGACCUGAGCGACAGCACAAAGCGGCACUGGGCGGUCAACAUGUUCGAGGGACAGUGGAUCCGUGGCUCCACUGCAGGAGGCUGCAGGAACUACAUUGACACAUUCUGGACCAACCCACAGUUCAGGCUGCAGCUGGAAGACGCUGACGAUGACGACGAUGUUUGCAGUGUGGUCAUCGCUCUGAUGCAGAAGAACAGACGGAAGCUGAGGAAAGAAGGCCUGGACCUGGAGACCAUCGGCUUCGCAGUGUACGAGGCUCCAGACGAAGUCGACCAAGUGGGGAAAGAUUUCUUCCGCUACCACGGGUCCAAGGCUCGCAGCAGGACCUACAUCAACAUGAGGGAAGUGUCAGAGCGCUUCACACUGCCUCCCGGGAAAUACCUGCUGGUUCCCACCACCUUCCAGCCCCAUCGUGAGGCCGACUUCCUCAUACGCAUCUUCUCUGAGAAGAAUGCCGAUGCCCUGGAGAUGGGGAGCAACGUCGAUGCCGACCUACCAGAACCGCCCAUGCCCAGCCCCCCAGAGGAGGAAACAGAUGAGGAGAAAGGCUUGAGGAGGCUAUUUGAGCAGCUGGCCGGUUUGGACAAGGCUAUCUCUGUCAGAGAGCUUCAACAGAUGCUCAACGGCGUUCUCAGCAGGAGAAGAGAAAUCAAAUUUGACGGCCUGAGUCUCAGCACCUGCCACAGUAUCAUCAACCUUAUGGACGUGGACAACACAGGGAAGCUGGAGUUCCAGGAGUUUAAGGUGUUCUGGGAGAAGAUGAAGAAGUGGAUUAUGCUCUUCCUGUCCUUUGACACAGACCGUUCAGGGAAGAUGUCGUCGUACGAGCUUCGCAUCGCUCUCAAAGCUGCAGGGAUGCAGUUGAACAACAAGCUCCUGCAGCUAAUCGGCUUGAGGUUCGCAGACGACAAGUACGACAUUGACUUUGACGACUACCUUACCUGCAUCGUCCGGCUGGAGAACAUGUUCAGAACUUUCCAGGCUAUGGACCAAUUUAACCGGGGCCGGGUGAACAUGAACAUCAUGCAGUUCCUGAUGUUGUCCAUGAACGUCUGAGGAGAAGCUGCUGGCGAACCAGCACAAGAACAAAACUCAACAGAGAGUCCUGGAUGUAUUGUAUUAAAAAUCACACCACAUUUUCCUCUCCGUGAUUCUCAGCAUCUGUCCCGUGUACGUGAUGUUAUUAGAAGAAAUAAUGUGAGGUGCUGUCUGAGCUAAGGUUUUUUGAAUGGGGACUAAGAAUUUUCCUGGCUUUAUACAUUACACUGCUAAAUAUUGUUGUAUUUGCUUUGCCUGCUGCACAAAUGGAAAUAAUUUUUGAGUAAAA